GGGGGCGGGAGGGAUCGCUCCGCCCGCGGGCCCCGCCGGCAGCACCGCCCGGGCCGGCCUGCCCUGCCCUGCCCCGAGGAAGGAAGUUAGCGACCGGCCGCGCCGGGUAUGCAGCAGGGCCGCGAGGAGGAGGAGCUGGAGGACGAGGAGGAGGAGGAAGGGGACGCCGGCCCGGAGAAGGCUCUGGAGAAAAGCCCCUUCCAGCUAACGCCCGGGGAUGUCUAUGACAUCUCCUCUGUGGUGGGCCGGGACUUGCUGCAGCUGCGGAACGGGCCAGAGGUGUCCGCCACUCUGGCCCGGCUGCAGUUCAGGAUCGUGAGGGUGCUGGAGAUGCUGGAAGCGCUGGUGAGCGAGAGCAGCCUCGCCGAGGAGCAGCUGCGGCUGGAGCGGGACUGCUUGCGGCGGGAGCUGCAGGAGCUGCGAGCAGAGGGGGCCCGAGGCAGCGCCCAGCAGCUCAGCCUUGGACCAGAUAAAAUGGUAAUAGACCUCACAGAUCCGAAUCGCCCCCGGUUCACCUUACAGGAGCUGCGAGAUGUAUUGCAAGAGCGUAACCAGCUGAAAGCUCAGCUUCUUGUGGUGCAAGAGGAGCUACAGUGCUAUAAGAGUGGGAUCAUCUCACAGAGAAUGGACCAAACUGAAGAACUGGAAAAAGAAGCCAGUGGCAGCAGCCCUGGCACCAGGAAGGAUAGUGAAGAGAAGACAAUCAUCAAACGCCUGUUCUCUUUUAAACAUGGAAAAUGAACAUCCUCAAGAACUUCAGCACUCCUGUUCAGAAAUGGCACUGAGGAGACCGACCACAGCCUCAGGGGAGUCAGUGAUCAGAAGCAUCACUCCUGCUGUAGAGAGCAAGCAAUCUCAGAAAGUGUGUUGUAUAAUACUGUUUCAGAAGUCUGAAAGAAUAGAUUUUUCUUCACUAUUUUUAGAAACUGCUUCAGAUGGACACUUUUUGUAUUUCUUAGAUUCCUACCAGACAUUACCCACAUGUAGAAAAUAAGUAUUUUAUACAAAGGUGGGGUUUCUUAUUAAAAAAGCCUGUGAUGAUCUGUA